AAAUACAGUUAACAUUGCACCUAUUCGUAUAACUAAAAAAAAGCUGAUUAAAAAUAUAACGAAUCACUCUAGUCAAGUUGAUGAAGAUUCCAUUGCAUUCGAAGAAGAGAAGAUAAAAAUGGAAAAAGAAUAUUUUUUAGAAAAAGAUGUGCCUUUGAUCAACAAAUUAUCCCACAGAUUCUUUUUUGGUCAAAAAUUCAGUAAUAGUUUGAAAGAUGACGCACAAAAAUAUGCUAUUCUGUUGACCAGUGGAGAAUAUUAUCAACAUUUAGAGAAAAUAUUACCUAUGCCAGUCAUUAGAUCCUUAUUGGAAGAAACUUUGAAAAUUAUUUCUCAAAAAUUGAAAAUAAAUGAAGACAUAUCAAUAGAAAGCGUGAUGAAUAUCCAAAUCGUUCCUUCUCUGAUUCCUCAACAAGAAUUGUGUCAAUCUAAAUUGAUAUCAGCACAUUCCAACCUAAAUACUGAUUAUACUUAUUGGAUUGACUUCUUAACUUAUUUUCGAACAGAUGGAAAACAACAGAAAACUCGAAUUAUGCUU